GGGAGAGACACCUGCAAACACACAGAUCCGGGACAGGCAGGAGGAACCCGAGCAAGAGACUGCACCCACCCCAGCCCCCCUGCUGCACCCCAACACUCCAAGAUGGCAUCUGCCAGUGACACUCGCCAGCCCCAGAAAGAUGCUGCUGACCAAAGUUUUGACUAUAUGUUCAAACUCCUCAUCAUCGGCAACAGCAGCGUGGGAAAAACCUCCUUCCUCUUCCGCUACGCAGACGAUUCCUUCACAUCGGCCUUUGUCAGUACAGUGGGGAUCGACUUCAAGGUCAAGACGGUGUACAGGAACGAAAAAAGGGUCAAGCUGCAAAUUUGGGACACUGCUGGUCAAGAGAGGUAUCGCACAAUCACAACAGCCUAUUACCGUGGCGCCAUGGGUUUCCUGCUCAUGUAUGACAUCUCCAACAUGGAAUCCUUCAAUGCUGUGCAGGACUGGGCAACCCAAAUUAAGACAUAUUCCUGGGACAAUGCACAGGUUCUGCUAGUAGGAAACAAAUGUGACCUAGAAGAUGAUCGGGUGAUCCCUGCUGAGGAUGGGCGAAAACUUGCUGAGGAAUUAGGAUUUGAGUUUUUUGAGGCCAGCGCCAAAGACAACAUCAACGUGAAGCAAGUAUUUGAACGUCUAGUGGACAUAAUCUGUGAGAAGAUGAAUGAGAGCCUGGAGAAUGGACCUGUUCCAAGGAGUGGCACUGCCCAGCUCACAGAGUCUUCCCCCAAGGAAAACAGCAACUGUUCCUGUUAAAACACCAACAUCAGUAAAAUAAACCACCCGAUUCUGAUAGACUGCUCCUGUUAGAUGCUCAGCAUGGCCACCAGUGAACUGCUGCUAUAAGACAGAGCCGCCCACAUCCCUUUUAUUUACCUGCAACUGCCAAUGAGGGGCAUUGUGACUGCUCUUGUAGAACUGACAGCUGAGCACAAAUGCUCCAACCAAACCGUUUUCAUAGAUACAAAAAGAAUUCCUUUAUGUAGGCCCUACAUACACUGCCAAACAGAUUGAGAAAUGAAGAGGAAGCAACAAGAAGUCCAGUUUGACCAACCAAAACGCCCAUCCCCAAUACAGAUUAUGAGCAUUUAGUGAAACCAUGGAUGCCCCAAAGUGGAGAAAUGUUACAGACUCCAUCUUACAUGAAAGAUCUCUAGGUGGGGAAACCCUUUCUCAGCCACCAACAAAACUCUCUUCUUGGUACUGCAACACUACUAUACUGGCAGGGUUGAGGUUCAGGGGACCAGGGAAGUCUAUUUUAUACACUAAGUGCCAAAGAUGAACCCACCGUGACCUUAAAUUAAAUUAAUGUUGAUGCUUCUGAAGUAACACAUUACAGAUGCUCUGCAUGUAUUUCAAUCACGCCAUGUGCACCUUUUAAAGGGAUUCUAUAGAAAUUACUGGGGUCUUCAUCAUUGUGGGUGAAGCUAUGAACCCCAGUGAAUAUCAUGCAGUUGUUUAUAAUGCCUGUGUAACUUCUUUCUGUCUGGUCUAAAAGCAAUUGAAAUGUUUACAUUUUUUUAAUAAAAGGAGUUUUUCCUUU